UCAAUCGCCGGCGCCGCCGCCGGAGUGGCUCUCGGUCCUUCCAUCGAUCCUCCGGUCCGUCCUCCCGCGGCCCCCGCCGCCGCUGGUCAGAUCCUUCAGCUGCCCCUUUAAAAUAUGUGUCAGAGACAGCACUUUGCAGGAGCUGAAAAUGGUCAAAAGACUUCUGGAUUUUCUUCCUCCCUUUCCAGCCCUUCCAGCCUCCUUGCCUGACUCGGAUGAUGUGAUAUUCAGAGGGAUUCCUUAAUCCAAGUCACCGCUCAGCCAGGCACAUCUACAGAAGAUUGCAUCCAUAAUUCAAGAUGGCCAGCCAGCCGCCCGAAGAGCCUGCAGAGUUUCAGGUCUCAGAUGAGCUCGAGUGUAAGAUCUGUUACAACCGGUACAACCUGAAACAGCGGAAGCCCAAGGUCCUGGAGUGUUGUCACAGGGUUUGCGCCAAAUGCCUCUACAAGAUCAUAGACUUUGGGGACUCUCCCCAAGGUGUCAUCGUCUGCCCGUUCUGCAGGUUUGAGACGUGCCUGCCGGAUGACGAAGUUAGCAGUCUGCCCGAUGACAAUAACAUCCUUGUAAAUCUGACUUGCGGAAGCAAAGGGAAGAAAUGCCUGCCCGAGAACCCCACCGAGCUGCUGCUUACCCCCAAGAGGCUGGCUUCCCUUGUCAGCCCUUCCCACACAUCCUCCAACUGCUUGGUGAUCACCAUCAUGGAGGUACAGAGGGAGAGCUCCCCGUCUCUCAGCUCCACCCCUGUGGUAGAAUUCUACAGGCCAGCAAGUUUCGACUCUGUCACCACAGUGUCCCACAAUUGGACAGUGUGGAACUGCACCUCCUUGCUCUUUCAGACGUCCAUCCGGGUACUGGUGUGGUUGCUAGGUUUGCUGUACUUCAGCUCCUUGCCCUUAGGGAUCUACUUACUGGUGUCUAAGAAGGUCACCCUGGGGGUGGUCUUUGUUAGCCUUGUCCCCUCUAGCCUUGUCAUCCUUAUGGUAUAUGGCUUUUGCCAAUGCGUUUGUCAUGAAUUUCUGGACUGUAUGGCACUUCCUUCUUAAUCAAUAUGCAGAAUCGGAAACUCGGCACAUGUGGCUACGUUCAACCGACGUUCGUGUGACCUGCUUUCCUUUGUAUUCCCUACGAUUAGUGUCUGCAGCCUCAAUGAAGCCCUUGGCCAUGCGUCUGCGGUCCAUUUUCCAUCCAGAGUUUGGCUUGAUGGGUUUUCCUGGAUUCUGAAAAAUAAAAAUAAAAAAAAGUUCACUUCUAUAUAGGGGCGGGCUGGCCAAGAGGCAAAGCUGUGUCCGCAAACAAAGGCAUAGGCCCAGGGAGUGCUUUCAUUCAGGUACCAGGCAAGGUGUGUUACAACGAGGCAGGUUCUUUGGGCGAAGGUGGGGAUGAAUGGAGUCCUCCUUGAGGUUAGGCGCGUCCCAUGAUUGUAGGUAGAUGUCAGAGGCAGGCUGCUCAAAAGCACGUGGGAGCGCCCCUCAUUUUCCUGGCGCUGGAGCCCCUCAUCAUCAGGUGCUUUCUCUCCUGAGGUAAUGCUUCUCUGAAGUCAGCUGCCUCUUCUCAGAUUCCUUUUGCGUCUGUGCAGCCCCUCUCCCCCUCCCCCACACUCCAGGGUCCUUCAAUCUCAUCUUCUUGGGUGGUUUCCUGCAGGAUUCCUGUUUUGGCUGGUGGCCGUAGAAGACAGACAUCGCUGAGAGGUUUGCACGAGGAGUUAGACCUCAUGCCAGGGCAUGGUCAUUUAUGUUCAACACAGGCCUUUUCCUCCACCCGUGUUUUUCUCCCAGGCUCCUCUGGGAUGAUCUGAACAGUUUUUGCAUGUGGAAAUAUUCACCAGAAUAUUAAAAUGUGAAAAUGCUUCGUUUGAUUUUUAACCACAGUCCCCAACCAACCUCAUCCCUUAUCCUGAACAAAGUUCCAUUUAAAGUAGUUGCAAUCAGUUUCUGGAGGCUUGUUUUAGAAGUUUGCAUAGGGUGGGCUUUGCUGCCCCUGCAAUGCUCUGGAGGGAACCUGUGAUCGUGAAAACCCAGCAACAGGCCACCAGCUGCCCUAGCGCCUGGCACUAAGAACCACGUGUUCUGCUGAGUAGUACAAGUUUAUGUCCUAUGAAGUCCACACAAGGGGAGAGGUGCAGCCCCGCCAAGCUGAUGCCCUGCUCGAAGUGGAGUGGAGGUGGUUAAGUGCAGGCUCCCUCGAGGCUGCUUGCUAUUCUGUCAGUUUGGGGAUAGAUUUGAGACUUUAAUUUAUUUUCUGUAAAGGCAUAAGCUGCGUGGCUUGGGUCUGGACGCCUUUUCAUGAAGUGGGGGUGGGGCGGGGGUGACGCUGAAUGUAUAUAUUUAUGGGAGUAAGUUGCCCAGCAGGCUUUAGGUGGGGGAAUAGAAUGUUCGCAGAAUGUUCACUAGUCAGAAAGAGGAAAGAGUGCUUCUUAGUCUCUGAGACUUAUUACUGACAACUUAACAAUAUUAUACCCACAAUGCUUAGCAAAGGGCUUUACCAGGGUUUUGUUAACUUGUUUGUGGUGAAAUAUUUCUUGUGUGAUAUAGUUGCAGGGGGCCGGUUCUGAUCUCCGCAUUGAGGGAAAAUGGAUACUUAACUAGAAUAGGAGUUUUAAUUUCGUUGUAUAACUACUGACUUGGAGAACAUGUAUGUCCAAGAUACAAGUAAUGAGAAAAUACACGUGGGAUGUGGUCCAGUGAAAUUUAAACCCCAACUUAGAGCUAAAUACAUUUAUGAUUCCAGAAACCCUAGUUUUAGGUAGUGUUGUGGAUGUGGUUUCCAGAAUUCCGUUUGUACUUUGACUAAAUACAAUAUUUAAGAGGUUUUGUGGUUUGGAUUUAUAUAUUUAUAAGGUUUCCUUUUUAAAGAUGCACAUUUUGUCUGAACUGUAACACUGAGUAAGCUGUCAAGUGACCACAGGAAGAGAUUUCCAGAAGGCUUCGGACCCACUCUGUGUUUUGCUAGUUCGUGUGGUGUCUGCAGUGCUGAAGUCGUUUCUGUAUGUGCUGUGGCAAUAUUUUUCCUAACGCCAGUGUGCUGACCUGGUUUUAAAGAGUUUUGAAUGUAUGACAACAACACAGAACAACACAGCUCUCCAUGCUGUCGAAUGGGAGGGGCGAUCCUGUAAUGUUGUAAUCUCUAUGCUAAUGUUCUCUUGUCUAUUAAAUUUUAUGAUUUCUAAGUGAGAUGUUUGCUUUCUCUGAUUUACGGUCGAGAUGCCGUUAUCACUUUAGAUAGUCCCAAGUGCGAACUUUCGUUAAACCAAGGCCUUUAUCAUCCACAUGGAAAUCUUAGAAGCUUCCUACAAAGCUAACCACAUCUAUCUCAUCUCUACAAAGGCCCUCAUUUUUUUCCAAGUGGAGCAGAAGGUGAAAUAAGAAUAUGAUCUUUAUCAAUGAAAUGUUCUAUUUGAUUUGAUGUGAUUAAUUCUCCCCAACUGCUUAACAAGAUAGAAUCCAGUGUGGUGAAGACAUCCCUUACUUGUAGAGUCUGGCCAAACUGGAAAAAAGCACAAAGUUUACUAGUCAUGAUCCUCAUUGAGUGAUUUAAGAGUAUGCAGCAGCUCUGUGUUCGUAUUAGUGAAUUAGCACCACACGUCCAUCAAGAACAAUGGUCUAACGUGCUUCAGAAAUCUUUGCACAAGUGAGCAAAGAAGCAGGUUGUGGAAGAUGAUCCCCUGGUCCCCUGUGAUUAUACUGUGAGCUCCGCCUUAGCUGCUGAGAAACCAGGAAGCAGUGCACAUUUGCAGGAGUGCGAGCAUUGCAGAAACCGUGAUGAAACUUCUCAGUGCAUUAACCCGACAGAUGCAAAGGCAGAGGAAUCCUGACGGUUGCGAGACAAGCAGAAGGAGUCAAGAGGGGACCUUAGAGGAAGGAGCUGUGAGGGACUUUGAGGACCUCAGAGGGAGGGGCAGUAAGGGAGCUUGGGAUAGUACAAUGGAGAUGGCUGUGUUCUUUAUUCUUUUCUUGCUGACACAGUCUUAAAGGUUGCCUUGACCCGUUGGAAUAUUUUCAGUCAGACUACAUAAUAUUCUAGAACUUUCCUCAAAACCAAUAGCAACAGCCUCAGAUUCAGGUAAAAUCCCCGAGUUUAACCAUUUGUGUUGCAGCUUGCAUUUUAUAUGUUUUCCACAUCUUUUCCCUCUUCCGAUGUAAUUAUAUUUCUUUAUUUCAGUAACCAUCAUGGGGUUUUACAAAUCCUGUAGGCUUAGUGCUGGGUCUUUCCUUGUAAGUUUACUUUUGUCUAAAAUGUUUCCUUUUAGGAAAACGUUUCUUUAUGAUUUUAUGUGUCGAGAUGUUUUGCCUGCACAUAUAUCUGGAAACCCUGUGUAUGCCCGGCGCCUGAGGUCAGAAGAAGGUGUUGCAUUCCUCUGGGAUUGGAGUUAUUCAUGGCUGUUGCAAGAUCAACAAGUGUUUUUAACCACUGAAACAUGUCUGCAGCACCUAAAAGAUGGUGAUUUCGAUUGUGGAGGAUGAACGUUGAAAUAUGAAUAAAUUCUAAAUGAGUCUCAGAUACAUUAACGAAUAAACCCACUUUCUUAUAUGGCUUAAAUCCCUGGAAUAAUCCCAACCUAAUUGCAAUCACUGUGUAUGGUCAGGAAUUAAACUACAGCCUCAAUACUAUGAUACUAAGUUGGGGUAUACGAUAACUUACUUUUCAAAGUGGUUGGGCCUUGAUUUAAUUCAAAUAUUUAUACAAGACAAUUACCUGGCCAACAUUUUAAUUGAUCAGAUAUUUGUUGACUGUACUGUUUAUAUGAGUUCCAGGCGAAAGUGUCCUGGAUGGGCAGGUUGCCUGUGACCUUGUUGUUCCUACGAAGUGUAAAGAAAGUCGUUUUGUGUGUUUGUGUCUAUGCCCCUCAGGGAAGAGCAGCCUGAAGUCCUGCCUUUGCAAAGCAACUGAGUCUGUGGAAGUGGAGAGAUGGAUGCCGAGGCAGAGCAAGAAAAGCACUGACCCUGAGCGCCCCAAACCUGGAACUCUGAAUACCCCCCCGGGGGGGGCGCUGGAGAGAAGAUUCUGGAACAGCCAGAUGGAAGCCAGAGACCGUAUGCUUGUCAGACCCAAGAGGGAUAAGGUGGAAUUAGCAUCAUUUGGUCAACACAUGUAGAAAGAGAUUUCAGAUUGGUUUAUAACAAAAACCAAACCAAACCAGCCCAACAAACAAAACAAAGCCAACCCAACAACAACAACAAAAAGCCUAGAUAAGCUUUCCCUGUGGAAACUUGCAGAAGCAUGGAGCGAAGUUGUUUGAAACAAAGCAGUUAUUGCCGGUUUACUUAGCAUCCAGCAUUGGCAUCUAAACUAACCGUGUUUGUUUUCUUUGUUGGGUAAAUGGGGUUGGGGAUUUAGCUCAGUGGUAGAGCGCUUGCCUAGGAAGCGCAAGGCCCUGGGUUCGGUCCCCAGCUCCGGAAAAAAAAAAAAAAAAAUGUAUGACAUAUAAUUUUCAGUUUAACACUUUCCCUAAUUCCUCCCAACACGAUCUCACUGUAGUUGAGCCGAUCAAAAAUCAUCUUCUUCUGGGUCAUUAGAUGUUUUUUGGACCAAGAUAAGGCAAUUCUGGGAGCUGGCGUCAUGUCAGUUCCAUCUGGAGAGUUUGGAAUGCAUUAAACUUUUUAUUGUCAGUCUCCAGAUUAAAAGGCUUGUCUUCUCACAGAAUUCUUAACAAAUCUUAGUUAUUUUAGCAACACAUGUGCUUGAGACGGUGUUUUGCAUACUAAGGAGCUCCAUUAAUAAUAAAUGAACAUCUAUUUGUGAUCUGUGUUGAACCCAAACUUCCCACACUCUUCCCUUUUAGUCCCUCCCCAUUCUCUGAUGUUUAAAAUGUCAUUUUUAGAAGAACCCCAUGCACCGGUUAUCAUCCUCCUGCGCACACAUGCACAAGUACAACAUGCAUGUGUAUCUACAUGAAUGCACACAUUCACACGUACAUGCUUAUGCAUUUUAGGAAACAGCUAUGAAAGAGAACCAUGUAAGUCUACCAACCUCUUUUAAUUACCCAGGUAAGUAAUAUUGAAAACAUCAUCAUCGUCGUCGUCGUCGUCGUCGUCGUCGUCAUCAUCAUCAUCAUCAUUAUUAUUAUUAUUAUUAUUAUUAUUAUUAUUAUUAUGACCACUAACUGCCUGCCUUUUCUUCCCUGCUCAUGGAGUGAUGCUCUCAGCUGCUCGCCUCAGAGACAAUUCCUUCCUCUUUUCCCGUGUUCUACAUCAUCGAGCACUGGAAAUCAUCCUAGCCAAGCAAUGGGCUUCUUCGUUGACAUUGCUUCUGUCUGAUGUGCUUUUUCUCACUACUCCGGCUAGAACUAACUGUAUAGGUAAUGAUUAAAUUGGUGGUCAUAAAUUGUCUUUGGCUUGAUCUUCAGAUUAUACAAUUAUUUCCAGCUUCCUGUGGUCUGAGCAGCUGGAAACCACCAGUUAAAACGGGACAGAUGAUGACCUGAUUCUAUGGGCCUUCCUUCUGCCAGAGUGGAGUGUGGGGUACAGAGUGAUCCCUGGAGGCCAAGGAAUGCUAAAGUCUGGCUUUGGAAUGGGGAGGGAAGUACACUAAUCACCCCUCCUGUUCCCCACUGCAGCUCCAUGUCUCAAUCGAACCUCACCAGAUGUUUUGACCAUAGCUUAAAGAUCAUUGUUUUGACCCACAUUCGAGCAACUUACAGUGCAUAAUAUAAAAAAUUUCCUUGGCUUUUUGACAGGAUACCUGUGCCUUUUAUGGGUCACUGGGAGAAUAAGAAGACAAUCCUAGUUUACUGUUUUGAAAAGCAGGAUCUUACGAUGGAAAUUACUCUAUAACAUACGUUGUGGAAUGUGUCAGAAUGGCUGAUCCCUGAAGGGCCACUCGAGUAGAAGGAGAUGAAAGGUCAUGGUCUUCUCAGACACUCACGAGAAGUCAGUCCCUUGAAGUCUGAGGCUUAGACAGACCUGCUUAGUACUGUAGUCCUUAAACUUACUUAUCUCGGAAGCCUUUCUUACAACACCCCUUAGCAAUAGGGUUAGUUGGAUGGGAGACACUUGGUGAAAUCUGCCUUUGAGAAUGGGAAAAAAAAAAACCAAACCAAACAAAACAAACAAACAAAAAAAACAAACAACAAACAAGCAAGCAGCCAAAUCCUGCUAUGGUGUAGAAUCUGAAAUCGAAUGUAAGUCACCGAGCCAGCACAUGAAUUUACAGGACGGCCAAAUCAAAGCAGUGGUUCCUAGGGGGUCCCAAGUAGAACGGCAACACGGGAAAUGGGAAGGAGAGAGGAGCAGGCUGCCAGGAGCGCAGACUGUGGCGGGCGGUUGAGAUUCCCACUUGCUUCCAACUUGAUUGGCCCCCUUGUCCAGAUUUCACAGCGUCAGCCCUAACAUCUGCAUCUGCAUCAGCACCAGCAUCUGCAUCAGCACCAGCAUCAGCAUCAGCAUCAGCAUCAGCAUGAGCAUGAGCCUUCUGAGUCACUCUGCACAAAGGAAGUCCUAAAUAUAUGCAGAAGGAAGUCUCAGGUGGAGCGAUUCCUCUGGUUAUUUGCUUUGCCUGUGAAACUUCCGCUGUGAAGUCCUCGGAGUGGAACCCGGUCUCCCAGCUUUUGGAAAACACGCACCAGAUGCAAAAUCUUGAUCACAGUGUUAGUGCUUGAAAUACUUAACGGCUCAGAGUGUGGCUGCCUCAUUUAACAAAUGAGAAACCAACCCAUGGGAAUGACCAAAGGUAUCACAGGCGCGGACUAGAAACGUGGGGGACUUGACUUGAUUAGGGGGUGUUCUCAGUGUGUCUUCUUUGAUGUAAUGGUUUGCUUUCUCUGUAAUUAGAUGCCCCAUUCUAAAAUUUC